AUGGCGAGUACCUCAAGCGAUGAAGAUGAUUCAAGCGAGAUUCACAUUCAAAAGAAGCAACGAACAGAGGAUAAAACAUGCUCUGCCAUGAUGUAUCUUGAUGUUCUACAUUGUCCUGUCUGCUGCGAGUCACUCACUACUCCUAUUUUUCAGUGUGAUGAUGGGCACUUGGCUUGCUCUUCUUGCUGUUCCAAACUGAGUAACAAGUGCCAUGCAUGUGCUUUGCCUAUUGGAAAGAAUCGUUGCAUAGCAAUGGAGAGAGUUCUUGAAUCAACUCUUGUCCGAUGCCCAAACGCCGAGUUUGGUUGCACGAAAAUGGUAUCUAAUUGGAAAAUACCAACUCAUUUAAAGGAAUGCAGUCGCUCUCAGUGCUCAUGCCCUGCAUUGGGCUGUGAUUACACUGGCUCAUACGAGGAUCUCUACAAACAUCUUUUUCAUUCUUCUUCUAUCCACCAUGUUAUAUAUAUGUUUUGUACUGGCUUCAGAUGUGGCGAAAUAUUUGAUGUCCGGAUGAACAUCAAAGUCAAAGAUAAGAAUAAGAUAUAUGUUAAAAGGGAGUUCAAGAAGCACCUAUUGUUUGCGGUGCAGUGUUUCAGUGAGGCGGAUGGUGUGUAUAUAACUGUUAGCUGCAUCGCACCAUCUGCUCCAGAAGUAGGAGAGUUCUCGUAUCAUCUCUCCUACACUGUGGAUGGGAACGCUAUAACUCACGAAUCAACUGUGAAGAGACUUCUUGAAUUGAGCUCCAAAAGACCUGAAGAGAGUUACAUGAGGAUCCCUCACAGUUUAUUGCGUGGUGAACGGUUGGUGAUGGAGCUUUGCAUCAAUAUGUUGAACAAAGAGUAA